CUGUCAUUGGCCGCGGAACUUGAACUGCGUUCUACAUUGAUACCGCAGCACCAGCCUGCAGGAUAUUCUCUUCCCCAGCGUCACGGCGUGGCCAUGACAAAACUUCGAUAGAAACGGUCCAGAGCAUCCACAGCUUCACUUUCGCGAGAGUGGUGGAGCUAGAGGCGCACUGCGAGUCUUCAGUGGCUCGCGAGGCCUUUACGCUGAUACAGGACCUCUGAUAUGGCGCUCUAAUACGCCCUCACGCUUCUACGUCGCAUUGUUUUGAGCUACCACGCCACGAUGCCGCACUUACCAAUCCUAGCCACUGACAUCCCACGAAGAACCUUAUAGAUACCGAGCUUUCCCCCCUCAAGAUAGGAGACUUGCACUAGGGUCCGGUAUGAGCGCCUGGGGUAUUGACUUCCAUUGACAAGAUUCAGAUAACCACAGGACCCUUUGGAGACCAAUUGUCAUCCUCUCGCAGGAUGCUGGAGAUUCUAGCACGUAACACGAAACUGCUGAGGAGGCCAGGGGUUAUUCUCUUCCCGGUCUCGGUCCGAUAGGCAAGAGACUCGAGGAUUUAAGCAGCGACAAGGGACGGAGGGGCAUUACAAGGAGCAACCUAAUCAUUCUCACCUGCGUCUAUCUGUCCUGAUAUGCCCGGUCUGACUCUCCCCCCGACGCCUCAUUGGGUCCCCGCCCCUCCUACCAAGGAAGAGUUGGAAUAUGCGGAUCUUGCGGUUAUUGAUCUCUCGAAGGCCGAUACCCCAGAGGGUCGCAAGGAGCUAGCAGUACAGGCUCGCGACGCCAUUAGCAAGCAGGGGUUCUUCUACGCGAUCAACCACGGCUGGACCCAGGCCCAGACGGAUCGCAUUUUCGACAUCGCGGAUGUGCCUUUUGCUCAGGUCACUCCUGAAGAGAAACAAAGGUUCCUCGGAAAUGGAGACGGUGGCGUGUACCAAGGAUACAAGCUCCGUCAGUACUGGCAUCUUAACGGAGGUGUUCGGGAUCAAGUUGAGCAUUACGCUGCCAACUGCGACGUAUUCGGCCGAGAGCACCCUGAGCCAUUGAGGCCCUUCCUCCCGGAGAUCGAGGCAUUUGCCAAGCACAACCAUUUCAACGUCCUCUUCCCUAUCCUCAGAAUAUUGGCUGUUGGCCUGGAUCUCCCUGAGGAGACGUUCGUGGAGAAGCAUAGCUUUCAGGCUUCCGCAGAAACCUCCGCGCGGUUCAUGAAAUACUAUCCUCGUACGGACGACGAGGAGUCCAAGACCCAAAACGUUUGGCUGAAGGGCCAUACUGAUUUUGGCAGCCUUACGAUUCUCUGGAGCCAGCCUAUCGCUGCCCUCCAAAUCUUGUCGCCUGAAGGGAAAUGGCAAUGGAUUCGGCAUGUUCCCAACGCUUUGGUCAUCAACGCUGGAGAUGCUCUGGAGUUCUUGUCCGGAGGCUUCUACCGAGCCACUAUUCACAGGGUCGUCCAACCCCCCCUUGAUCAGCGUGGUUACACCCGCCUGGGGGCGUACUACUUCUGCCAGACCGACAGUAACGUCAAGCUGGCGUCCCUUGUCUCCGACCGUUCUAUUCUCGACAAGGCUGGCGUCAAGCCGCGCUUCGACGACUCGGACGCGCCGACCAUGGAGGCGUGGAGGAAAGGGAGGACCACUGCCUAUGGCCGGACGGAGUUAAAACCAAGCGCGGAGAAGGGUGUCGAAGAAGAGGUCAUCAAUGGUAUUAUCGUGAAGCACUGGAAUUGA